AUGGCUUCUUUUGCUCAGCUUCAUUGCUCUCAUGUCGGAAACGAUCGUCAUUUGAAUCCUGCUGGGCAUAUACCUAACCUCAAGUUACCGAAUCUAACCGGUAAAAAAUUUGUCUGCAAUUUCUCUCAAGAUCUUACCUCUUCCUCCCUCCGAUUAAAACCGAUCAACCUUGAUUUACUAUCUAAAAGACAACCUAUUCCAUGUGCUGGCGGCGGUGGCGGCGGUUCUGGUGUCGGCCAUGGAAGUGGUGGUGGAGGAGGUGACGGUGGCAGUGGCGAUCGGAGUGGAGGUGGAAAAUCCGACGACUCUUCUUCCUUCGACGGUUUCGGCCCAAUCGGGGCUUUUCUUAGUGGAUGGAGAUCAAGAGUUGCUGCUGAUCCCCAAUUUCCUUUCAAGGUUUUAAUGGAGGAAGUUGUUGGUGUGAGUGCAUGCGUUCUCGGCGACAUGGCAUCCCGUCCAAAUUUUGGCCUAAACGAGCUUGAUUUCGUCUUCUCCACUCUUGUCGUCGGAUCUAUCAUGAAUUUCACCUUGAUGUAUCUUCUAGCACCGACUAUGGCAUCUACAUCCGCAACUCUCCCUUUCAUCUUCUCCAAUUCACCAACAAGCCACAUGUUCGAGCCCGGCGCCUACAGCCUUAUCAACAGGUUAGGAACUUUCGUUUACAAAGGAACAGUGUUCGCCGCCGUGGGUUUUGCAGCUGGUUUAGUCGGAACUGCUCUGUCAAACGGACUAAUCCAGAUGAGGAAGAAGAUGGAUCCCACCUUCGAGUCACCAAACAAAGCUCCGCCAACUGUUUUAAACGCCAUGACAUGGGCGAUUCAUAUGGGUUUAAGCAGCAAUUUCAGGUACCAAACUCUGAAUGGGAUUGAGUUCGUUUUAGCAAAAGGGAUGCCACCAUUGUUGUUCAAGACUUCUGUGGUUGGGUUGAGAUUGGUGAAUAACGUGCUUGGAGGGAUGUCGUUUGUGAUUCUGGCAAGGAUGACCGGAUCACAAAACGCCGGCGGAGAAACCGAGGAGAAGAAGAUGGUGGGUAGCAGUGAUGAAGAGGAGAGUUCGGAGGAGAAAGUGAAGUUGUUGAACAAUGAAAGCCCUUCCAAGUAA